GAGUAGCAGCGUUGAGUCAGGCCGGCGGCGGAGGAAACUGCGGUAGAGACCCUCAAGCCUCGCCAUGAAAACCCGUUUUAGCACCGUUGACCUCCGCGCGGUACUCGCGGAGCUGAAUGCCCGCUUGCUAGGAAUGAGAGUAAACAAUGUUUACGAUGUGGAUAAUAAGACGUAUCUUAUUCGUCUUCAAAAACCAGACUUUAAAGCUACACUUUUACUUGAAUCUGGCAUACGAAUUCACACGACAGAAUUUGAAUGGCCUAAGAAUAUGAUGCCGUCUAGUUUUGCCAUGAAGUGCCGAAAACAUUUGAAGAGUCGGAGAUUAGUCAGUGCAAAACAGCUUGGUGUGGAUAGAAUUGUGGAUUUUCAAUUUGGAAGUGAUGAAGCUGCUUAUCACUUAAUCAUUGAGCUGUAUGACAGGGGGAACAUUGUUCUUACAGAUUAUGAGUACCUAAUUUUAAAUAUCCUAAGAUUUCGAACUGAUGAGUCAGAUGAUGUUAAAUUUGCUGUUCGUGAACACUAUCCAGUUGAUCAUGCUAGAGCUGCCGAACCUUUGCUUACCUUGGAAAGAUUGACUGAAAUAAUAGCCAGUGCACCUAAGGGUGAACUACUGAAGAGAGUUCUUAACCCAUUACUUCCCUGUGGACCAGCUCUCAUUGAACACUGUCUUAUAGAAAAUGGAUUCUCUGGCAAUGUCAAACUGGAUGAAAAAUUUGAAAGUAAGGAUAUUGAAAAAGUACUUGUUUGUCUUCAGAAAGCAGAAGAGUAUAUGAAAACAACAUCCAACUUCAGUGGAAAGGGGUAUAUCAUUCAGAAAAGAGAAAUAAAACCAAGCCUAGAAGUAGAUAAACCAACCGAAGACAUACUCACGUAUGAGGAAUUUCAUCCUUUCUUGUUUUCUCAACAUUCACAAUGUCCAUAUAUAGAAUUUGAAUCAUUUGACAAGGCCGUAGAUGAAUUUUAUUCCAAGAUAGAAGGUCAGAAAAUAGAUUUAAAAGCUUUACAACAGGAAAAACAAGCAUUGAAGAAAUUAGAUAAUGUCCGAAAGGAUCAUGAAAACAGAUUAGAAGCUCUUCAGCAGGCUCAGGAAAUAGACAAACUUAAAGGAGAGCUUAUAGAAAUGAACCUACAAAUAGUUGACAGAGCCAUUCAGGUUGUUCGAAGUGCUUUAGCCAACCAGAUAGACUGGACAGAAAUUGGGUUAAUUGUGAAAGAAGCCCAAGCUCAAGGAGACCCUGUUGCAAAUGCAAUCAAAGAAUUAAAACUACAAACAAAUCAUGUUACAAUGCUGCUAAGAAAUCCAUACUUGUUAUCAGAGGAGGAAGAUGAUGAUGUUGAUGGUGACGUCAGUACUGAGAAAAAUGAAACCGAACCACCAAAAGGAAAAAAGAAAAAGCAAAAGAAUAAACAACUGCAGAAGCCUCAGAAAAAUAGGCCAUUGCUUGUCGAUGUUGAUCUCAGCUUGUCAGCAUAUGCCAAUGCCAAAAAGUAUUAUGAUCACAAGAGAUAUGCUGCUAAGAAAACACAGAAGACUGUUGAAGCUGCUGAGAAGGCGUUCAAAUCAGCAGAAAAGAAAACAAAGCAAACCUUAAAAGAAGUCCAGACAGUUACCUCUAUUCAAAAAGCAAGAAAAAUAUAUUGGUUUGAGAAAUUCCUCUGGUUCAUUAGCUCAGAGAACUAUCUAAUUAUUGGUGGACGAGAUCAGCAACAGAAUGAAAUAAUUGUGAAAAGAUACUUGACACCAGGGGACAUUUAUGUACAUGCUGACCUUCAUGGAGCAACUAGCUGUGUAAUUAAGAAUCCAACAGGAGAACCAAUUCCCCCUCGGACCUUGACUGAAGCUGGCACGAUGGCACUUUGCUACAGUGCUGCUUGGGAUGCACGAGUUAUCACUAGUGCUUGGUGGGUGUACCAUCAUCAGGUGUCUAAAACAGCACCAACUGGAGAAUAUUUGACAACAGGAAGCUUCAUGAUAAGAGGAAAAAAGAAUUUCCUUCCUCCCUCACAUCUAAUGAUGGGGUUUAGCUUCCUCUUUAAGGUAGAUGAGUCUUGUAUUUGGAGACAUCGGGGUGAACGAAAAGUCAGAGUGCAGGAUGAAGACAUGGAGACAUUGGCGAUUUGCACAAGUGAACUCAUAUCAGAGGAAAUGGAACAACUAGAUGGAGGUGACAGUAGCAGUGAAGAAGAUAAAGAGGAAUUACAUGAAACUCCUGUGGAAGUGGAACUUGUGACUCAGGUUGACCAAGGGGAUAUUACUAUUCAGAGUGGUGGUGAUGAGCUAAAUGAACUAAUUCAGGAAGAAAGCUCUGAAGAUGAAGGAGAAUCUGAGGAGGUGGUAAAGCAUCAGGAACCUGUUGGUGAAAUGAAGGAUGAAGGGGAAGAGACAUUACAUUAUCCUGAUACUUCCAUUGACUUGUCCCACCUUCAAUCCCAAAGGUCUCUCCAGAAAUUGGCUUCAAAAGAGGAAUCUUCUAAUAUGAGCGACAGUAAAUUGCAGAGCCGGAGGCAUUUGUCAGCCAAGGAAAGAAGGGAAAUGAAGAAAAAAAAGCUUCCAAGUGACUCAGGGGAUUUAGAAAUGAUAGAAGGAAAGGACAAAGAAAAAGAAAAUGCUCUACACAUUGAAACUCCUCAGAACACCAGCAAAAAUGUCCCGGCUGUGCAGCCAAUGAAACGAGGACAAAAGAGUAAAAUGAAAAAAAUGAAGGAAAAGUACAAGGACCAAGAUGAAGAAGAACGUGAGCUCAUCAUGAAAUUGCUAGGGUCUGCAGGUUCAAACAAAGAAGAAAAAGGGAAGAAGGGGAAGAAAGGUAAAAUAAAGGAUGAACCAGUGAAGAAACAGCCCCAGAAACCUAAAGGCGGACCAAGAGUUUCAGACAGCAUAAAGAAAGAAACUCCAUCCCUUGAAGUUACAACUCAUGAGUUACAAGACUUGGCUGUAGAUGAUCCACAUGAUGACAAGGAAGAGCAAGAUCUGGACCAACAGGGAAAUGAGGAAAAUCUGUUUGACUCUUUGACGGGGCAGCCACAUCCUGAAGAUGUACUCCUGUUUGCCAUUCCAAUAUGUGCCCCAUACAACACCAUGACAAACUAUAAAUACAAAGUGAAACUUACUCCUGGAGUUCAGAAAAAGGGAAAAGCUGCAAAAACAGCCUUGAAUAGUUUCAUGCAUUCCAAGGAAGCAACAGCAAGAGAAAAAGACUUAUUCCGCAGUGUAAAGGUAAAGUAUUCCUCUAGAAACUUCUGGAGACUGGUGUUGCAAUUAAAAAUGUUAGCAGUUAUUGCUUUGUUAGUAGAUGGAACCUGCAGCUAUUAUUUUGGUAGAAAAUGCGGUCUUACUAGAAGCAAUAUAAAAUAAGUAAAAUCAUAUUGGGUGAAAAUUUUAGAAAUGCCAUUCUUUUGACAGCAGAGGACAUAUAAUUGUCAUAAAAGAAAAUAUGGUUUUGAAGAUACUCAGCAAUUCUUUU